CCCCGCCGUCCCCUCAGCUCCGCCUAGACCGGUGCGAAACUGCCGCCUCCGACCCCAGCUCUGCGGCUACGAACUCCUCCUAGGCUGGCGUAAGGAGAAGGAUCCAACCAUCGCGAAUGUGAGCGGAAACGGCGCCCCCUGACUCCUUCUCUCCGCGGGACGAGGUGGGGCGUGUAGUUCUCCACGGCCGGGAGGCGCACGGGGCCGCCGGGAAAGUUGGUCUCGGAAAACUACAGCCGCCCUGCGGCCCCCCGCCCGCUCCUUCGCAGUGCAUUCUGGGGAGUGUAGUUAGCUGCGCUCUCAGGCGCUCUCGCGAUCGGUGGAGCCUCUCCGCUCGGGGAGGGAACGUCUCUUUAGUUUCGGCGCCGGCGACGCCAAUUUGGAUGCUUGGAGGGAGGGUGCGCUUCAUAAGUGCCCAGCUGACGCAGGGCUGCUUUUCCUGAAACACACUGGAAGCAAGUGAAGGUAGUUGGAAUCCCCCUAGCAAUGGAUAAAUUCGUCGUAAGAACGCCUCGAGUCCAGAAUAGCCCUCAGAAGAAAGAUCCUGCAGCAAAAAUGUACAAGCAGGCCACGAUUGAAUCUCUGAAGAGAGUUGUGGUUGUAGAAGACAUAAAAAGAUGGAAAACUAUAUUGGAGCUUCCUGAUCAAACCAAAGAGAAUCUAGUUGAAGCCUUACAAGAAUUAAAGAAGAAAAUACCCUCUAGGGAAGUGUUAAAGUCAACAAGGAUAGGUCACACUGUGAACAAGAUGCGGAAACACUCAGAUUCAGAAGUGGCUUGCCUUGCCAGAGAAGUUUACACUGAGUGGAGAACUUUCAUGGAAAAACAUUUGCAUAGACCUUCUAUUGAAGUCCGGAGUGAUCCCAAAACUGAGACAUUUAGAAAAAAUGCCCAAAAAUUACUCUCAGAAGCUUUGGAAUUAAAGAUGGAUCACCUACUGGUUGAAAAUAUUGAGCGGGAAGCGUUUCAUCUCUGUUCCCGCCUCAUUAACAGGCCGUACCGGCGGACGGUGAGAGCCCUGGUCUUCACAUUAAAGCACCAAGCUGAAAUUCGGGCCCAGGUGAAGAAUGGCUUGCUGCCAGUCAGCACAUUUGUAAAGACCCACAAAAAGUGACCUGAGGACGUUCCAACCCUGGACUGGGCAGAGAGGAAAGCGGGCCUCUCUCUGCCAUUCCAAAGACCCUUUUGAGUUUGGGUGAUGGCUGAAACUGGCUGUGCUAAAUUUUCCCAUGGUGCCAUUCCUUCAGACAGAGGGUGCAGAGAGCCCUGGGAGACAGGCCUGCAGAAAACUGCUUCAUUAUCUGUAGCACGCUGGUGCUGCCUGACAGGACACACACUGGCUGUCACUGGGGAGCCCUGCACGAUUGCCAUCACCCAAAAGAGUGAAAGGGUGACGGAUUUCACUGUGAGUAUGCCAAGGACACCUCUAAACUUCCCCCAUGUCAGACAGAGGAAGUUACUACUUUAUUUCACCACCCUGCAGAUAACUGAAACUCAAUUACUGCUGCCGCUCAUUUGGUUCCAUCCCCCUGAGUUUAGAUAGCUCCGGUGCCUCUCAGAACUCCCCUGUCUGUUCUCUUUGCUCUACCCCAGGGGUGAGCCUGCCAGAGCCAGCCGACUACCCCUUCUUCCCAGAGCUCACUUAUCUGAAUGUUUCAGCUCUCCCUGGAAGACCUUCUGUGUUGGUCUCUGGAGCCCCCAUGCUGAGGCUUCUAAUGAGGAACUGGCCUGAAGCAUCCCGCCAUCUUGGGGUUUAUUUGAAUAUGUUGGCUCUCUCGGUUUAGGGCCAUGUAGAAGAUACAUAAUGAAAUUUCUCUUGAAAUGAAUUACUGUAGUAGAAAAAAAUACAUAUAUAUUUUAAAAUGAAAUAACCUCUAUACAGGCCUGUUUGAACAAUUAUGUAAAUGGUAUUUUUUAAAGUAACAAUAAACUGAGAUUUUUUUUUUUUUUUUUUCCUAAAA